GACCCGCGCCAGCGCCUGCAGCCGGGGCCGGGCCGGGGCAGCGGAGGCAGCAGGGGCAAGUGGCUCCGGAGCAGCGGGAGGCUCGUGGCGGCCGGGGCCGGGGCAUGGAGGCGGUGCUGCUGGAGCACUUCCCGGCGGGGCUGGACUCCUUCUCCUCGCCGCCCUACUUCGACGAGGAGGAUUUCUUCACGGACCAGUCCUCGCGGGACCCCCUGGAGGCGGACGAUCUGCUGGAGCACGACGUGGACUUGCUGAGCCACCAGCUGCAGCAGUACUACCGGGACGGCGCCGAGCCCGAGGACGGCUACUGCUGCGAGGCAGCGGCGGCGGCGGCGGCGGGGGGCAGCUUCCCGCCGUCCCCGGCCUCGCCCGGCUUCCCGUACGAGUGCUGCGGCGCGGGCGGCGCGGAGCUGCUGUCCCCGGGGGCGCGGCUCAAGGCGCUGGGCUCGGCCAGGCGGCGGCGGCGGGCGCGCUCCGAGGCGGAGCUGCAGCAGCUGCGGCAGGCGGCCAACGUGCGGGAGCGGCGGCGCAUGCAGUCCAUCAACGACGCCUUCGAGGGGCUGCGCUCGCACAUCCCCACGCUGCCCUACGAGAAGCGGCUGUCCAAGGUGGACACGCUGCGCCUGGCCAUCGGCUACAUCAACUUCCUCAGCGAGCUGGUGCAGUCCGACCUGCCGCUGCGCAGCGCCGGCGGCGACAGCCCGAGCCAGCCCAAGAAGGUCAUCAUCUGCCACCGCGGCACACGCUCGCCCUCCCCCAGCGACCCCGACUACGGGCUGCCGCCGCUGGCCGGGCACUCCCUGUCCUGGACCGACGAGAAGCAGCUCAAGGAGCAGAACACGGUGCGGACGGCCAAGGUGUGGACGCCGGAGGACCCGCGCAAGCUCGGCGGCAAAGCCUCGCUGACCGACCGGGAGAACGAGCCGCCCUUGGGCUUCGUGUCGUGACUGCCCGCGGCCCCGCGCGGCCGCUGGACGUGCGCCUGCAGCACCGAGCGCCGCUGGGGCAGGACGGAGGCGAGGGAGGGGCGCGGUUAUUUAUCUAUUUAUUGGCGGCGGCGGCGGCUCUGCCCGCACCUCUAAUUUAUCUCCUUGAUCCGGAUUUCGGCGCACGCAAGAGCGGGACAGCCCGGGGCCGGGACUCCGGCCGGACUCGCGCAGCCGCGGACUCUGCAGCCUCUGUGUUCGCAAUAAACCCGGCUCAAA